CCACAGAGUGGCAGCACAUGUAAACACAUGUAAUCUUACACAACCCAUUACCCAUUACGGAAGGUGAGUCGUCUAUAAUCUGAAAGACAGGGUGAAGUUGUUUAGCACAGAUAUUUUAUUUAAGUUUCAUUCUAAGUGUAGCCUAAAACCAUGUAAAUUGCAUUCUUUGAAGUUGACAUCUUGUGUAGCUGCUUUCUUGCAAUCUGUUGACUUUACAAAGUGAAGCACUGUUUGUGAAAGCAUGGAGAUGCACUGACAGUGACAGAAAGGGGGCUGUUACAUCACUGAGACCACAAUGAAGUCCAUCGCCUGUUUCUCAUCGUCUGUCAGAGCGGCGUGUGAGCACACCUCUGCUUGUUCUCUUCUAAAUCGGGGUCUAAAUCUUUGCAGCCCAGCGGGCAGAUGCUCUAAUGUGGAUUUCGCCGGCAAAAAUGUAGUUGCGCAACAACCGCGCGUAACCGGUGUGCGUACUUUCCAUAAUAUGCACGUAAACGCAUCAGUGGCCCAUCCGGUGAGUGCUGCCCCUCUCCCCACCCCGGUCACCAUAACAGCGAAUACAGAGGAUGACCUGACCGUGUGCCGGUUUGGCAGACGCAUGCAACCUAAAACAGCUGUAAGAUUAGCUCCUCACCUGUCACCGUACACCAAACCACAGAGCAACAGGGCUGCACUAGUCAACAUCCAGUCUCUGACUGAAGGGGAGGUGAUCUCUGAGCUGUGCUCCAGGCUGGCAGGCUUCCCCAGCAAUGGCAGGGCAGAGGGACUGGCCACUUUACUCGGAGCAUGUGUUGAGUUUGGCCUGGAGGCCCACAGCCCCUCUAGUCCUCAGGCUGAUAAAUGAGUGUCUGGAGCUCUUCUGCAACAGGGACAUUGGGGUGGCACAGCUGUGCCACCUGGGCGAGGUGGCACACACCCUGGAAGGCCGCCAGUCAGCCACGGCGACAGAGGUGCUGGACUCUGUAGGGGAUGCUGUAGAAGAGGAUGGUGUCUCUCCCAGCGAGGCUGCCAGAGUCUACUCCCUGCUGGCUUUGUGUCACGAUCCUGCCAGCCAGCGGCCGAAACUCGUGCUGCAAACUUUGCACGGACACGCGCAGAGGCUGGUCCAUCGGCUAAAAGCCAGUCAAGUCAGCGAUAUACUGCAGUGCCUGGUAAAGUUACAGCAGAGACAGGCCAUUUCCCUGGUGCUGACGCUGAGUCACAGAGCAUCUCGGGUCUUCAAAGCUUUUAGUGAUGAUGAAGUUAUUAUGGUGCUCUCUGCACUGAUGAUCCUGGGACAGCAUGAUGAGCAGCUCCUGGCUGCUAUGGAGAAACACUUACCAGGGAGGCUGGGAAAGUGUGAUCCCGAGGUGAUCAGCACCGUCAUGGACUACUGUCUGCAAAUGAGGUGCCGCUCUGAGCCAGUCUUUGAGGCUGUGGCUGAGAACUUCGUAUGCCAUGCUGAAAGGCACACCACCCUUCAGAUAGCCAAACAGAUUGUUGCCAUGGGGAGACUCAACUAUCUGCCACAGUUCCAGCCUCACUCCCUGAUAGAGGUGUUGCACGCCUGUAUCCACCUAGAACGCUUCCCAAUGAACUACAUGUCCAAAGUCUUCCGCCUGUACUUCCUACAGAGGCUGCAAGCACAGGGGGAGCCAUUGGACAAGAAUGCACUGGGACAGCUGACUCAGCUCCACCUCAUUAGAGUGCACUUACUACUGGGGUCCUAGACUGCCCUUCUUCCUCCAUGUGAAGAAGUUUUCCUCUGCGGACCAGGCCUUUGAGACACCUACGGAGAGUCUCCUCUACAAACAGGUCAAAGGGCCACUCGCAGAGCUGCUGGGGGCAAAGUUUUACUCCACCAGAAUCUUUAGUCACUGUGGAUACACAAUAGGUAAGCAAUAACUAUAGGGAUAUACACUAUAAAAAAUAAAAUGCACAACGAGAUCUCUGCUGCUUUUCUCUUCCAGAUCCCUUACUUUGAAUUUGAGAAGCUGAUAACUGAGGAGCAACAGGUCCAAUAUCUUCACAACAAGAUCUUUCCCACCAUCUUCAAGUUCAAUCACUGAUCUUAGUCGCCCAACCGAAUAUUCUUCUGUGACUUUUAUUGGUUGAUCCGGUUAUGUUGCUGUACAAAUCAAGCAAUCUUCCGACGAGCUGCAUGGAAAUUCAGCUGAGCACACUAUGUAUACACUAUAUGAAGAAGAUACAAGGCGUGGCAGAAAAUGUAAAUACUUUUUGUCUGUGAUAUUCAGAUUCAGCACAUACAUAUCCUAAUGGGAGGAUACUUAUGUCCGGAAAUAAGGCAGAAUAAAACUUUCAGCAGGCAUAUAAGUGCCAAGUAACAUAGGCAUAAUUUAACUGAAGGUACUGUAAAAUAAAUUAAAAUAUUUUUGUUUGUUCCCAUGUUCACUUUUUUUUUUUUUGUCAUUUUAUGAAACAACCUGCCUUGUUUUGA